AUGUCAACGACAACAUCCACCAUUGCUCCUAUGAUAAUGGAUGAAAAAACUUAUCAACAACAACAACGAAAAGAUCAACAAGAAUCAGUAACCGAUUCUAUGAUCACAUUAAUAAUUCAAGCAGAAGAUACCAUUUAUGAAUAUCAACAAUUAUUUCAUGAAGAAAUGCGUCAACUAUUUGUUAAUGAGCAAAAUGAAAAUAAAGGAUCAACAUAG